AUGGAGAGUCUCAACAAAAAGAAGAAUGCCCUCGAUUUUGCCAUGUUUCUCAAAGAGAUUGGUUAUAGCUCCACAGCCCGUGCUCAGGAUUUCGAGUGGCUGUUCGACUACCCCUCCACCCGGCCCUUUCUCAAGUUUCUCGCAAGCUCCAUAAGUAGCAGCAAGAAUGUUUUGUCGAGCGACGAAGUGUCUCACUGUCGAGGCAUUCCGCCAAAGGACUACAAAACGUGUAGGGGCUCAAGAGUUUUCUCCCAGGGAGCCGAGUUGGAAGAGGCACUACUUCGACUGGACCGUCUAGACGAUGAUGCAGAGCAGGAGAGCGAAGCCGAACUGCUGCGGGGCGAGGUGGAUGCCAUGGAAGCCGAGGUGCAACGCCUCCAGAACCGGCUCAGUGCCCUGGAGUCCAAGCGCGACAAGCUCCACACGCUCUCGUCUGGCUGCCAGCGACAAACGGCGGCCCUCGUGACCGAAGAGCAAGAACAUCGAGACCACGUACUCAAGGUGGAGAAACAGCUGGCGAAGGAGUAUGACGAAAUGGGGAGCGCGUUGACAGAGCUGGCGAAUGUCGUGGAGCCGCUGUUCCUCGGUCUCGAGGGGCAGCUCGACGAGGGCGAAUGCGGCAAAGAAAACGUGCGGGCUUCUACACCGCAACCUACGGCCUACGCUGUCGGGACCUGCUCCCUGCCCUUCACCCCGCUGCAUGCGAUCGCCCUCGACGAUUUCCCUCUCGGCGAAAGCAAGUACGUGGAGGCCCUGAUGGAGCUGAGCCGGGCCAGAGGCUCCUUUUCGGCGUUGCAGACGUUCGGCGCGUCGCGCUAUGCCGACAUGUCCGACCUUGCCGUCAAACAGCGAAUAGCGGAGGUCGAAGGGGCGCUGGCCAAGAUGGACGAGACCAUCGCUCGCCACAAGCAGAAGACCCUGCCCCAGCUCUGGAACGCGCUCUCGGCAUUGAGAGUGCUGCCCGUCCUGCACGCCGACUACGACGCCAAGCUCGAGCGACAAGGCAAGCGCAGCCACGUGCUGGAUCGGGCCGCCACCGUGCUCGUGGGCCAAGAGGCGCGGCACAAGCUGCUGCACGCGGCCAUGCAGCAGGAGCGCGAGAGACAGCGCCAGCUGUACGGCCUCAUGUCGUCCCUCCUGAGCGAACUCACUGAUCAUGCUGCCGCACUCCAACGCACCUUGGGCUUCGUCUCGCGCACGCCGGGUGCUCUCUCAGGGGCGGCUGGUGUCGAUCCCACCAUGGCGCGCGUGGACCAGUUGCUAACAAACGGCAGCACCGCCCCUUGGCCGUCCCCACACGCGGGCGAGUCGUCCACCACCACCAGCAGCAGCAGCACUACCGCUAUUUGUGGUGGUAGCGACGCGGCUCUGGUGGAAUCGGCGCACGUCCUGGUACAGCGGCUGUCUGCCGCGCAUGCUGUGAUGCACGCGCUGCGCACGGCUCAGGAGAGGACUCUCGCAGAAGCGGAGCAGCAGGCCAACCAGAUAUGCGCUCUCGCGUGCCCCCCUGGAGCCCAAGACCACGUGCAGCUCACGUCGCCCGCGAUGCGGCAUGGCGUCGAUAAGCUCGAGGCGGCCCUCCACGAGCUGCAGAUCGCUGUGGACGGGGUGGCCGGGGACUACAAGAUGAAGCAGACGGCGCUUCAGCACAACGCGAAGGAGGCUGCCGUGGAGAGGGACCUGUUCGAGCGCUUCUUCACCGACGCCUACGUGCCCCUGUAA